AUGACUGCGCCUUUGGGCGUUGCAGUGCUACUGAUCGUGGAAGAGAGUGGCGCCAUGGAGGUCAGAUCUAGAUGUUUCGGUUCGUCGGGGUAUACUAGUGACGUUUCUGAGCUUGUUGUUGAAUAUGAGAGACUUGGUGAUCGUGAUACGCGUCGCGAUGAGAUAGAUGAUGUGCGCUUAUUCAAGAGGGGCGCAUCAGAUACAGGAACGUCAGACCGGUUGCUAGCCUGGGAGAGUGGUCGCAAGAAAGAGACAGUCCUCGAUCUUCGCAAAGCUUGUCUGUCGAUUCUUUCUCUCUCUUCCUCCCUAACCGAUUUUCUGACUUCUGGCUCUUUGAAUUCGAGCUUUCCGUUUUUGUCUGAUGCAAAGUACUCUUCGCCACGGCCGAAGACAACUUGGAGUGAAGCCCAGUCUCGCGUCGUACCGUCAGUUGGAUUGAGCCAUUCGUUCAAUGCAAGUGGCAGGUCGUAG